ACUCGCUUGUAAACGUAAAGUAACAUUGGUAAGAGCGGGUGUUGUUUUUUGGCCAGGUAAUUUAGCCGCAUCCGAAAAAGAGCCUGCAGGUGACAAAAUGCGUUGCAGUUUGCAAAAGGACUGCGCAGCUCCCACGCAGGAAAAUUUUCGUCAGAUGCGUUUCCCAAUUGUGAUUUCCCUGCUUUUGCUGCUUUUCUGCAGCGGUGAGAGUGUCGCCGCUGACGCAGCCAAUCAGCUGAAAUUUUCCACCACGGAAUGUAAACUCAAGGAGCCCAUUUACGGCAGCACCUUCGACUUCAGUGGUCUCCACUCGGAUUUGGCCCAUGUGGUGAAGAGCAUGAACAUUGGAGGCGACCAAUUCGAGUUCAAUAUAUGCGGAAAUCUUUCAAGAACCUGCAAUGGGGAAAGUAAUGUGGCAGCUUGUCUCAAAAGACAGGGAAAGGAGUAUAUUUUGGGUCGUCAGCACGAGUUGUUCUACAACAAUGGAAAUAUGUUUCUGAAGUACAAAAGCGGCGCAAAAUGCGACAAUGGCACUGCCGACAAGCCCAACUACCAGCUGCAUGUAAUGUUCUCCUGCGACUAUACUUUGGAUGCCCAGCCUAUGCACGUAACGCCUUACGCCAACGAAGUGUGUUCUUUUUACAUCUCAUAUAGGACGCCUUUGGCAUGCCUAUCCAUUCCCGAGGGUCUACAAUCCAAUAGUUGCAGAGUGGGCGACACAAAGUCAAAUGGAACCUUCGAUCUGAUGCCGCUGAGUGAUAGUAACUAUCAUACGAGCAAUCGUCAAGGCGCCUUCUUUGUGAUCAAUGUCUGUAAGCCGGUGCUUUAUGGAGAGAACAGCAUGUGUCCGGCAGGCAGUAGCGUUUGUCUAUUUGAUAGUAAAGCCACAAAUCCAAAAGAACGAUUUAUCAAUUUCGGCAAUGUACAAACGCAUCCGGUGGUGGAGAAAGGGCAGCUACUGCUCAGGCAUGAGUCACCAACGCCAUGUGCCAAGAACUCCAGUGCAAACUACACCAGCGUGAUUUACUUUAGCUGUGACAAGUUCAUAAGGAAUGCCCAUCCGGAGUUCGCGGGUCUGGGAGCCGAUUCCUGCACCUAUCAGUUCAACUUUGCAACGCCUUUGGCCUGUAAUGAUCUCAAACCGUGCACGGCCUUUACCUCGACAAAUGAGCUGUUGGAUCUGAGUUCGCUUAGCUCUAAGCCAGCUCGCACUUUGCUUAAGGAUGGCAAGAACUAUACAAUUGCUGUGUGCGCACAUGCUGGGGCGCCCUGCCAGGAAAAUGGCGGCGCUUGUUACGAGCAGAAUUCCACGACCAUCAGCCUGGGCAACUCCAACUCGCAGCUGCGUUUCAAUCAGACCGGUUCGCUGUAUUUGCUGUACGAGGAUGGUGCCGAGUGCUCCACAGCAACGGGCAUGCGGCGCUGGUCGACAAAAAUCGAGUUUGUCUGUGCGAACAAUGCGACGAAGGACAAUGGAGCCAGCACUGCUGGCGGUAGCGAUUCUUUGAAAAUAAUUGAGGACUCCAAUUGUCAGCUGUUGAUCCAAUAUCAGACGCCGCUUGCCUGCCGGGAGCCGAUUAGAUGCAAGGCAACCACCUAUGUGGACCACACAAACGAUGGACUGGGCAGCAGCGGCGACGAGCUGAUCGACCUAACGCCAUUGAUUAGCGCCACCGACAACUACGAGGCAAGAGUGGAGCUGCCGGCCAGCAUGGAGCACCUGGUGCCCAAGACGACCAAGUUCUUUUUGAAUGUGUGCCGUCCAUUAGUGCCCAAAUACCAAUUAGGCUGUGCCGGCGGAUCUGCUGCCUGCAUGGCCAAAGUGACUGCCGCCGGCGCCCCCGAGGAGGAGCGUAGCAUGGGCUUUCCUCUGGUGUCACUGACGCAACGGAAUCGCACCUUCGCCGAGCUGGCUUACUUGAAGGGAGACCCCUGUCCCACAGACAACACCUCGGAGCUCUCAACGCACAUCCUUUUCAACUGUAAUAUGCGUGCCGGUCGGGGACAGCCCGUGCUACGUUCGGUUGAGGACUGUGCCUAUCGGUUCGAGUGGGAGACCAAUGUCUUCUGUCCGCCGCACGAGUGCACCUUCAGUGCGGACACCUGCGAUCUGGUGCACGACGAGCUGGGUCGUCGUUUCAACUUCAAGAGUGCGCCGUUCACCAAGGAUGGCAAGAUUGAGAUUGACUACAACGCCACGAAGAUGUCGGUAAACAUUUGCGGAGCGCAUCGCAAGGCAAUGACGGACUAUUCGCAGGCGCUGGUCAACAUAUUCUUCACACACGAGUCGCCUAAUUGCGGUCGGGAAGGCACAAUGAACGUCCAGAUCCGGCUGAUAUGCAGCGACCAGACCGAGAGCAGCAGUACCAUCUCGAGCGACCAGCAAUGCAAUUUGCUUUAUGUGCAACGAACGCCGAGCAUCUGCGAGUUCCUUUCCCUCGGCGCAACGCAGCAGAAUUUUGAAAGCAAUGGCUCCACGAGCAGUAGCACCAGCAGCAGCAGCACAUCCACCACCACCAGCACGACUACCCAGGCAUCGCCAGCGGGUAAGCCAACUAAGGCGGCCACGUCGACAACGACAACAACAGUUGGUCCCGAUCCGGCGGCUACUCCCAUUGGGCCAACGGCGUCCGUGGGCACCAUCCUGGGGGCCAUUCUCUCGGUGACCUUCUGCGUGACGUGCCUGGGCCUGUUGGCCUUUUCGCCGGCACGAAGGCAGCGCAUCCGCCGCCUCUUCCGGCGCAGCAACUCCGCGGUGCGAUACUCCCGGGUGCAAUCCAAUGAGGAGGCCAACCUGCUAUUGGAACCCAAUGGGGAGUUCACCGAAAGCGAUGACGACAUGCUGCUUUAGGUGGGCCCAAUCUAAGCCAAGUCGUCGUGGGACGCCUUCUUUGCCAUUAGGAUGAUGAGGCUGAUGGGGGACAGAUGGUGGUGGGAAGGAGCGGGGGUAGCUAGUUAAAGUCGCGAGAGAUCCCAAUGUGAGUAACAUAGGACACCAAAGAAGACAUUACUGAAAACUGGAACUGAUUGUGAGCUAAACAAACCAAUUGAAAACUAAAGAAAACCGUAGUAGACAAGUAGCGAUAAGAGGGGGGCGAACUGCUGAUAUAAACUGUACAAUACGCGUAGGCUACAACGACGACUUACGAAAACCAAUUACCGGAACCAUACAUAUAUACACAUUAUAUAUUUUAUAUACCCUUCGUAUGUAAAGGAGAAUCCCCAACCUAACCCGUACCUAUAGCUAUAGUUAAAUGCGGCCUGCAUUCGCCAGAGAAUUGCAAAGGACAAUUGCUUAAAUCGUAUUUUCGCUGACGCCAAAAUGUAUAACCAGUAUAGCGCAGCAGCUUUUUCCUUCCAUAAAAGAUGUGAUUUCAUUUUUAAAACUUUCAAGUGCAGCUUGUUAGUGGUAUUCCUUUGAAACGAUUUGUAUUUUACUCUAAGGCAAUCUGUACUUACAUUUAUGUUUGUGUCUUGAGUUGUUUUUAGUUCAAUAAGGCGAGCCACACUUAAAACGGCUGAGUGUACAAUUUUAAGUGUAUACAUAAUAAAAUCUAAAACAAUAUAUACG